AUGGCUUCUGGUGACGUGAACUACCCCAACACGGGCAGCAUCAGCGAUGUGGUUACCAAGGGCCCUGUUGUCGAUAACCUCAAGUCCGAGGCAUCCCGCACCGGUGGGGAACUACGCGAUUUGAAAAACUCGCGGGUGACCCCUUCCACCACCACCGCGGAUGGUCAACCGCUGACCCACUACCACUCCUUGCUGUACAGUCUUCUGAGCUGGGAACAACCUCGUGCGACCGCCGUUUCCUUCGCCAGCGUGAUCGGAUUUCUCUUUGCGGCCCGUUAUCUUCCUCUCCUCCGCUGGGCGUUCAAGAUCCUGUACAUGUCGCUUGGAUUGACCGCCACCGUUGAGAUUGCCGGCCAAGUCAUUCUCAAGAAGGGUAUCGCCAGUGGAUUCCGCCCCCGCCGUUACUACACCAUUCCCAAGGAGACCGUUGAGGCUGUGCUCGAGGACCUGGAGCAGCUUGUGGACUUCUUCCUCAUUGAAUUCCAGCGCAUUCUGUUCGCUGAGAAUGUCCUCCACACCGUUGCGGCUUUCACUGCUGCUUUCACCGGUUACUGGCUGAUCCGUUUCGUUCCCCUUUGGGGCCUCGCUGUGAUCGCCGUCACCACCACUUACUUCGCCCCUCUGAUCUACAUCAGCAACCGCGAGAUCAUUGAUGAGCAGAUCAGCAACCUCCAGGAGAUUAUUAAUUCCCAGACCAGCCAGCUGAAGGAUUUGGCUGGCGAGCGUACUUCCCAGGCCACCGGCUUGAUGAAGCAGUACGUUGGCGAGUACAGCUCCAAGGCCCAAGAGUACAUCGGCUCCCGCCGCUCCACAUCCCCAGAGAUGUCCAAGGCCCCAGUCAAGUCUGAGCCCAUUCCCGAGUCCGUCAUUGCCCCUGUUGCCGAGCCUCUGAUCAAGCAUGAGGACUUCCCCGAGGCCCCCAAGGUCGCACCUGUGGCCCAGACUGUCGAGUCCGUUGAGCCCACGGAGCAGGCUGCUGAGAAGACCGAGCGUGAGCCGCUCCUGGCUGUUUAA